CAUAAAAAGAAGAUCAGUGAAAAAUUCGAAAUAAAUAUCCAUUUGAAGCCAUAUGUUAAAAAUAUGUAAAAGGCGUUCAAAGAAGCAUUGAAAAAGGGUCAAGGGGAUUUCCUUUGGAAAUUUAUGUCGGCCAGCGUUGAUGGUGUUUUCGAAUUUAAAUUUUCGAAAGCUCAGCUUCCUUAUUUCUACGCAAUAUCAUAUUACGAAGUUGUAGGUGUCAAACUACUGGCACAUUCAUGAAUUUCGCCUUUGUAUCAUCAGCAGUUGGCGUGAAUGUUUAUGUAAAACAGGCGUGAUUCUUUCAAGACUACAUAUGGUCUGACCCCUACUGUUUAUACAGAGCUAUUAACAUAUACGAUUCACGCUAAGUUUGCUAAGAAAAGGUCUGAUAUGCACGAGGAAUAAAGGAACAUGACAUCAAUGAACGAAGCUAGAAAAAUCCGAAUCGGAUAUUGUAAAUAAAGCUCCACCGACGUUUCAAUCCGACAUUAUACUUGGAUCAACAGGACGUUUUGAACCGUUUAUACUAAUCAAAGAAGUAUUGUACGUUUAAUAAGGUACAAACGUCUAAAGAUGUCUGGAUUUAGUUGGUAUAUUAUUGUUAUAAUUUGCAUCAUUCAAAGUCAGGUUUCUUUCACAUAUUCCCAAGAGAGCUCUGAUGGCUGCAGGAAAAAGGAAAAAUUUCACUUCAGCUACACUAUAAAGAACUCGCAACAAUCUAAUUUGACCAAUUUCAAUGUCGAAUGUAGUACUCAGACAGUUUAUGAGAUACGAUUCACUGAUGGGCAACUAUGUUUUUGCGGUAGAAUUACAAACUCCGGAGUGAUUUCUUAUCAAGACUGUAGGAAAACACUGCCUUUAAACGUAAUGGUGAAUAUAUCGGUGCCACAGUUUAGAGAACCGUGGGGAGAAAAUUGCACAUUUUUUUUUAUCUUUAAAAAUGGUGCUCAAGUGCAAUUGGAUAUGAAAAUUUUACCUCGGCGUAUUGUGACCUCCCGUGCUGUCACCAAAUCGUCCGUAUUCACCCGGUUUUUCACUUCUUAUGUCGCAAGUACAGUUCUCAGUUCGGCGAUAAGCAAUUCUAUGACGGAAUCAAUUCAAAUGAGCACUACCUCUACCGUGAUAAAUCCUCAAUUUACUCAAACAUCAAUCCCACACUACACUGCGAUCAUAAUCGCACCAGGAGACUCUGUUUCGACAACGUCUAGCCUCGCAGCAGAACCAGCUCCGACGAGUUCGUCUAGCGUCGUAACCGAACCGACUUCGACGACGUCAUCAAUUAAACGAAGUAAUGCUUCGAAGACGCCCAGUCUUGUAGCUGAGCCAGCUUUGACGACGUCAUCAAAAAAUGAUGUUCUGAAGGCCUCUUCCUCAGCCUUUAUAAAAGGGUCGCCAACUUCUGCAUUUUUUCCCAGUAGCACACUUUCUCCCGAUGGGGGAAACAUCGAUGAGGGAAACAACAAAUUUAAAGAAGAUAUUGAUUUCAUCAACAACCUUAACACGUCUAAUGUGAAAAUCAAUGACAAGAGGACAAUUAAGCGAGUGCUGGAUGCUGCUGCAAAUUUAAUAAACACAAACCGAACAGCUGAAGACCAAAACGAGGAUCCAGGUAUGCAAGCAGUUAAAGUGUUGGAAGAUCUUGGAAAUUCCAUUUCUCAACAGCUCGCCCUGCCUGAGAAUGAGAGUUCUGUCACUUUUCAGGAAGUUACAGAAGAUCUUAUAUUUGGUGUGGCAGUAAUAAAUUCAACGAUAUCCCAAGGAUUUUCAUUUCCCACUGAUGCAAGUGAAGUUAUUGAGAGUGAAAAGAUUGAUAUUCCAAGCUCCGUUUUUGUCUCCGAAUCAGGCAAAGCAUAUUUUGUUGGUAUAAUUUUCAAGCCGUAUCGUGAAAUGAGAAACAAAACAGGGGAUUUUACGGUGGGAACUAAUGUUAUAAAUGCAGUGGUUUCGCCUCCACCACGCAAAACACUUGCUGACCCUGUGGAAAUGACAUUCAAGAAGAAUAUCAUUGGUGAAACGAUUGCUUCAGAAUGCUCGUUUUGGAUAGAAAACGCCACGUAUGCAGGUGAACAUGGUGGAUGGUCAACAAAACAAUGUGAAAGAACAUUUGAAAACCACAGUCAUAUUCGAUGUCAAUGCUAUCAUUUCACUAACUUUGCUGUGUUAUUUAAAAUUUCGGAUAACCAGGAUGUGUCAGAUGAAGAUACAUUCCGUCUGGUUAUCAUAACUUAUGUUGGGUUGAGUCUAUCUAUUUUGGGAUGUUUUCUGACUUUCGUAAUUUAUGUCACUUUAUCAAACAUCAAAACAGACAGAGCAGUAAUCCACACAAAUUUGGUACUGGCACUUGGAAUUGCUGACGUGAUAUUUUUGGUUACCGUGGUUGUCAAACCUGUUGGGGAUUCAUGUUUAGCUUUGGCGAUGUUAGCGUUUUACUUUUACCUUGCUGUGUUUUUCUGGAUGUUGGAUGAAGGCGUUUACAUUUAUUUGAUGGUUAUUAAAGUUUUUCGUGGAAACGAUGCUAUGAGAAGAAGGAUGGCUUACUUUGUGGGAUGGGGAUGUCCGGCGAUAAUCGCCAUUAUCACCUGGGUUGUUUUGAGAGAUGAUGUCGUGUCAAAAUACCAUUGCUGGUUAUCGGUUGAGUCCGGAGCAAUAUGGGCAUUUGUUGGUCCUGGAUUGUUGAUUAUCUUAGUAAAUAUUAUUGUUCUGAUGAUAGUCAUGAGAACAACAUGGGCAACGUUUGUUGACGACAAAGAAUAUGGCGGUUUGAAGUCGGCAACGAAGACAUUUGGCGCAGUUAUUCCUAUCUUAGGAAUAACCUGGAUUUUUGGUGUCAUGGCAUUCAAUGAAUCUUCUAUUGUAUUUCAGUAUAUUUUUGCUAUCACUAAUUCUUUACAGGGCGCUUUAAUAUUUAUUCUUUACUGUUUGGUCAACAACGAGGUGCGAAACGAGCUACAACGAAAGCUAGCGAUAUGGCAAACCCGUCGUGAGUUAUCCUCAUCAUCGGCGGGUGCUCGCCGUACGUAUCCAUAUGUGGUAUCUUCGGAAAAGAACACGACUUUCAAUCGCACUACGACAUCGGCACAGGCCACCCCAGAUCUCUACCGGUAUCCGAUGGGGGAAAUUAAAGAUGGAACAUCUCAGGGAAAAGUAGAACGAAAGUACUCGUUUGAAGAUAGGAAUAAAAAACCAGACUUUGAACUGGAAUUAGGUAAGGAGGAAAAGAAUGGCGGCGAGAAAGGUAAACAUUGAAAGAGACAGCAGCUUAAGCAUUCCAGUGGGGAUGGGAUAGAGACAUGCAUAGGAAUGAAUAAUAAGCUUUAAUUCAAUUAAUUGCCAUGAAAAGAGAAGGGACAUAUAGGCAUAUUAUACAUGCAGUUAGUGACAAUGAUGAGGCAAGCACCUUACCAGUCAAAGAACUGGUCAAAUGUGAAACAUGCUACGUGCAUGCAUGCUCAUAAAGGUGUCCGUCGGUUCCUAGUUGUGGGUUCUGUGGCGAUUGAUGCAAAACGGGCGUGAAGAUGUGAAAGGUGAGGAGAAAAUGGAUGAUGUCCAAAUCGCUGAUCGGUUGAUACACUGGAUAUAGAAAGCAUAUACCUCCGAAAAUCGAGGCAAGAAUUAAUUCGGAGAGCGAUUAAUUCAUUUUAGGAUGAGUUCAUUUUAUUAAUUCUGACUUCGUUUUAGGCCUAUUUCAGACGUCGAACAAAUUUUCAUGUCCGCGCCGAAUCGAAUGCAAAUGUUAUGAACUUAGACAAAGACUUUAGCUCAUUAACAUUAGGUUCGGCACGUGAAAAGUUCGACGUCUGAAACUUUAUUCCGACGGCCUUAUCUGGCGUAUCAUCAGAUCACAAACAAAUUUCGCCGCGGAACCUAUUUCUUGGACGGAGGGAUAAAGUGGGAAACAUUUUGCUUAUCAUCAUGAACUAGUUGAAUUGAUUUUAAAUCGCGCAUGUACAAACAGUUUUUAUUUUUCUACAACACCAACCUGGUAAGCCGAAUUUACUUUUUAUGUGAUAAAGAGUUAAUUCUUAAUAACAAUAAGGACAACUGCAUGUUGAAAGAGCAACGAAUUUCCGUUGUGCCAGCUGUAUACAGCUAUAUAGUGUGGUCAUUUAUUUGUAUUGACUCAAAUGAUUUGUGUAAAAGACUAUUUGAAAAAAGCACUAUACAUACGUAAAUUGUAAAAAUUAAUGACAGAUUUUAAAAUCCCUUCUAUAAAGCUUCGAGU